CUCGUAUAUUCAAUCAUGCUACACAUUUUCGUUUAUAAAAAUGUACUCACAGAUUAAUAAAUUCAUUCGCUUGUAUAGGUGUAUAUAUAGACCCGUACUGCCUUAUUCUGGCAUGGACUUUGGUUACACAUUACCCCGAAGGUUGCACGGCAGUGGUAUAAAUGGAUUCCAGGCAAGAUAUACAACCAGUACAUCGGUUCUAGAAGAUACAGUGGACGACCAUGACGUGGAUCGCAAUUUCAUGUCUAGCAUAGCGAAUAGCAUCGUCUUCGACCGACAAAAGUCUAGUAAACUAGUGAAGGAAUAUGUCAAAUCAAGGAAUGUUGUGGACAUUAUUGAUUCACUGGACCCCUCGUGUGGUUUCAGGACUGAUCACGUGACACCACCGGUAGUCCAGAAGGCCUUGGAGAUAUCUACUAUAUGCUAUGUAUGUGCCUCGAGUGGUGUAUCCCUUCCUGAGGAGGUAGUAAUUGGUUAUUGCAAUGGCUUCUGCAAGAUACUGUCACGCAUGCUCGUAGAUACACCCGGGGAUAGUCUACUGGAAGCUAGUAAAGAUAUAUCGCAAUUAUCACUGGCGCUCGGUAAUAUGUUACUUAGCGCUGCCGAGUACGGCAAAAUAGCGCCUGUAAAACACGUGCCAUUGAGUCUGCUUGGGGAUGACUUAUGCAACCCGUUCUUGGAUAUGGCCUCCGGGUCAUGCAUUAACGCCGUGGCGUUCAUAGCUGCCUUGGAUGGAGUAGGCCAAAGCAGCAGUACCUACAAUCGAAUCCUCGAGGCACUUAGUAAAAAGGAGAUGUCAUUAGAAUUGCGUGAUUUUUACUAUACAAAGUUAUGGAUACACUUCUUAGGCACUGUAGUACCUGGAUUUAGGAACCAGUUAGGCAAGGGGGCUUCCACCUUCUUGGAUAACGUCAUCAUGUCUGAACAUAUAGUGGAAGCCGCAGUAGCAUACGCCGAAAAUGCAUUGUUCAGCAAAAUGCGUGAACAGAAGCGUGACGUUGACAUGAACUUUUUAACAAUCGAGCCUUUUGUGUAUCCACUGGUGUCCAGCUCAGCGAAGGAGCUCUAUGAGCCCGAUAACCCGGAAUCAUACUUUGACCAAGGAUCAAGUACGUGCCUCAGGGAAUAUUUAAAGUGGCGAAGCGCCAUUGCUGAAAGUAGUGGGUGGAAGGUAGUGAGAGUGGGUGUGUAGAGUCGCACAACGUAUCCUCU